GAAGAACAUGCCCGACAAAAAGGAAACUCAAAAGUCGGAGACACAAAUUGAAGGCCAACGAUAUACUCCAGAACAAUGAACUUCGCCGGGAAAUCCCGCCCAAAUUUACUUGAUGAUCAACCAGCUUCCAGGGAAAGCAGUGGCAUGAUUGACCGGACAGCUCACCAACGACCUCCUCUACAGGUACGACCACAAGGCAGUGGUGCCGGUUGGAGGAUACGAAGCACUUCGAUGACAGAUCUGAAUCAAUUCGACCACUUGCCUCCAGAAAACGUCACGGAAUGUAUCUUCUGCUCCCUGGAUUGGGAUAAAGGGGAGUGCCAACGUAAACUUCGAAGGUCUUGCGCCAGAGAUUCGUUCCGUCCAUCGAGCGAAUCUUUGACAUUUUCGUGUCUCCUGCGCUUGGCGCUCCACGGGCCUUCAGACUAAUUCCUCCGACGCAUCGGACUGUGAUAUCCUGCGACUCGAAUGAACGCAGUUUAUGGACUCAUUUUUGGAUUUCAAAUGUUGAAUGCUGCCCUGUGAGUUUGAUCGUGCGCAAAUGUGAAACCGUCUGGACCCAAUUAUGAAGCAAAUCUUGAUGAAGGUUAUGUCUUGCUGACUGUCCGGUCGAAUUGCAAAGCAUCUUAUAAACCGUAAUCAAGGAAACUCGACGAAGAUCGCCUUGCUACAAAUUUGAAUGACUAGGGGACCGGAUUUGGCGUUUGCUCUAUUGUUCGUGCUCAUGUUUCAGUACUACAUAUUCAUAUCCGUCACGAUGCAAGACUGGUGGCCUUUCUCUGCUGCUCUUAUGGUGGUGGAAUUCUUCCAGCAUCCAGGCCAUUUUUCUGAGCGUGUGGGAGCAUUUGACGACACAUGACAGACAAUUUUGAGCACACUUGUUUCUACAACCUUUUCUCUGGUAAUAUCUAUCGCUUCCGAAAGAACUGAAAAUGCUGAUUCCCAAUCUGGGAUCAUAUGGUUCCUGGAAUCUCCGAGUGUCCUCCCACUUGGCCUUUACCUUCAUACAUUGCCUGGUGGACAUUAUAUUUCAGCGUCAAUUACAGCACAGUUUGCCUUGUACAGUAAGGCCGAGUCUGGGGAAGGGAAAUUGAGCUUCCCUGACUAUGGUCUGUCACGAACGGUAUUUCCACCUCUGCCCUAGCAAUUUGAGUAUAAACUGAGAGGAACAGUCAGUAGAAGACGACAUACAGUCACCUGAGCAUGUUUCUGACGAGCGAGCUGGAAUAUUUUCACAAAAAGCAGAAAAUUCCUGCGGAGGAAGCUAAGAUUUCACAGGAGGAGAAGGCUUCGAAUGGACUGUCAUCUGUAUCCAUUAGACCCCUUUACCUCGUAACAAAAACUUUUGGCAACCCGCAUCACCUGCAACAUGGAACUCAGCGUAAUCUUAGCUGGAGAAACGUAGAGAUUCUUUUGUGAAUCUAUAUGAAUUCUCUAAAGUUUCAUUAUUCGAUGAUGAAAGUUUAGAGAUGAUACUUGAGAACAGAACCCCAAAACUUGUUCCUUGCUAAAAUUGCAAGAAAAUGCCGAUCGGAGAUCAGUUUUACGAACAGAAACGACGGUCUGUAGGAACAGCUAAAACAAGUCCAGAGCAAACCCAAUGUCGCUGCGUGGAGUAACGAUCCACUUGUCUUUGGCAUUCCAAGCGAUCGCCUUACCAUGUGAGCUACGCUUCAUAAAAAGGGUGGAAGCUUUAAUGUAAAUAUGCCAAGAGUGAUAAGUGUACAUCCCAAUUGUUUCGCUUGUUUUUUACUCAAAGACUACUUCCAGUCACUUGGUUAAUUACCUUCGACAAGAAAUUUUUCUGACCGUGG